UUGAUUUUCCAUCGUGGGUAGUAUUUUUAGCAUUUAUAAUAAUAUUUUUUUCAAAAUAUUGAAUCCACUCAUUGACAUGCUAUGAGAAUCAUUUGAUCUAGAAUAAAAAAUUGUUUCAUCUCAUCAUAAUUGCAUGAAUUUUAAUUUUGUUUUCUAAUGGAUAUAUAGUAAUGGACUCUUUAUCACUGCAUGCUGAAAAUCCUAUUUCGAAGGAAAUUAAUUGUGGUGUUGUCUCAUCGGAUUGGUGUUAUAACAUGCGACGAGAAAUGCAGGAAAUCAUUCCUGGCUUAUAUCUUGGUCCACUUUCUUCUGCUACUAAACCAAAACUUAAUUCGUUGUUGGAGACUGGAAUCACUCAUAUUGUUUGUGUUCGACAUGAAAAAGAAGCUUCUUUCAUAAAGCCAAAUUUUCCAGAAAGUUUCAAAUACAUAGUCAUUAACAUUUCAGAACCAGAAACAUCAAAUCUGAUUCCUCUUUUCUCUCAGGUUAAAGCCUUUAUUGACAACUGCUUGAAAAAUGGAGGAAAAGUUCUUGUCCAUGGGAACACUGGUAAUUCUAUGAGUGCCUCUCUUGUCAUUGCUUAUAUAAUGGAGACUAAAUCCAUGACUUUAAAGGAUGCUCUUUUAGUUGUUCAGAAGAAGCGUCAGUGUAUUGGUCCUAGUGAAAGUUUUUUGCAGCAACUUAAAGAAUACGAACCUAUCUAUAAGGCUAUGCAAACUCACCUUAAUGGCCAUACUUCAAAAGUCACAGGCAAACUAAAACGACGAUUUGAUGAAUUAGAAGAUAAUGUUACAUUAAAUAGCAAAAUGGACAUUUGUGAAGAAUCUCCAAUAUCAUAGGACUAUUAUUUAAUUUUAAACAUAUAACACACUGCCAUUGCUUCAUGUACCUGAUAUCAUUUUCAUGUUAGAUUGUACAAGUUCUUCCAUUUUCUAAUUGUUUUUAUUUAUUAGUGCUGUCAUUUGCUGAAAUAUAAUUUACCUAUUAUUUUAAUUCAUAUAAAAUGUCCAAUAUUAAGAAUAUGGUAUGGACAUUAUUACUGUACUUAAAGCUAAAUACAAAGUGAUUAUAGGUUUAUAUGUGGAAAAGAAUAAUGAAGUUUUUUAUGAGCAUUAUAUUUAAAAUAUUUUUUUAAUUGGAAGAAAAUUAAACUGUCAAAUUGAUUAGUAAAAUGACGGGAAAUUAAAUUCAUUUCUAUUAUUAAAAUUUCAAAAAUUAAUUGGAGAUCAUUCCAAUCAUUCUGAAAAAAUCAUUAACAUGCAAUGCUUUGUAAAAUUCUUAGGACAUGAAAGCAUAUUGUCCUCUCUUCUAGUAAAUGGUGCCAAAAACAGUUUUUUACAUCAGUAUGUGUAAGAAAUAAAUUUAUUCAUCUCAUCAUAAUUCUUUUUUGUUUUUUCUCUUAUUGCAUAUGUAAGUUGAAAUAGGUUUCUAUUCUCUAUGGUCAAAUUUUCUAAACUAUAUUUGAAAAAUUUGUGUUAUUAAUAGUCCACUUACUCUUGCAUCUUAGAAGUUUUAUAAUUAUACUUAAACACUUUUAAAAAAAAAUUAUUUCCUAUAAAUUGAUUGUUAUAUUAAGCUUAGUUAUUCUGUUGACUUCACUAAAAAGGGUUUAUUGAAUUGAUUACCUUUAUGUGGCCUUAAAUAUUGAUACUUUUUAUAAAUAUAUUAUAUAUUUUUUUAACUCGUAAAAAGUUGUGUGUUAAGUAGUUAAUAUUUCUUGAAAAGUAUUAUCUGUGUCAUGAGUAUACAGCAUUGUUUCUGCCCCUCUGCCUUAUUCACAAGCUCUUUUAUAUUGGGGGAGGAGAUUAUCUCAUUUCUUUCAGGAAAUUUUUGUAACAACUUUAAGAAUGAAAUUACUUUUUUAAUAAAUUUUACCCCUCAAAUGAUUUCCUUUAUUAUUUUUGCUUACAAAUUUAUCGGAAACUAAUAUCCUACAAGAACUCUCAUGAGCUAUAAAUUUUCUAUACAACCUUGGAUAAAGUCAUUAAGAAGUCCUUAUUUAGAUUAGAUCUGCAUUUUUUGUGUGUUAACUUUUUUUGGCACAGAAGAAAUUUUUAGCCUUAAAAAAAAUGAAUGUUGCAUACUCCAAAAUUGCGCAUUUUUAAUCCAAAGUCUAGACUAAUAAGAAUAGUUAGAUUGGCCUUCAAUAGUUUUCUACACUGAUAUUUUUGUGUCUUAAAUUUUUUAUUAAACUUGUUAUGUCUGAGAUACAAAAUUGGUUGGUUUUGUAAAUUUGACCUUGCUUUCUGUGAUUUGAUCAUUUAUUUUAUAACUUUCUGGAUCUUAUAAAGAAUUCAUGAUUUUACUUACAGUUUUUAAAAAUAAUGUUAAAUUUGAAAAUUGUAUUCAAAUUUUGACCAUUAAGUGACUUAACAAAGUUAGCAUUCCAUGAAGAAAUAAGCAUUUUGCCAUCUUCUGUGUAUGUUAUGUCUUCCUUCUUCAUUGAUAUUAUGAAGCUUACAUUUGUUUGUGAAAUUGUGCCACUGCCAUUUCAUAUUAUUUUUCAUAUUCAUGUUCUAAUACAAUAUUUUUAUGUUCAUUGUUUGUAUCAUUGGAAUGUUUGUACUUGUUUCAUACUUUAAUGUGAUAUGUAUGUCAUUAUAAUGCCUUCAUAUUCCAUUUAUAAUUGAUUUUUGCAGUCUGUUUUCAUGUAUAAUGUUAUUUUCAUUUGUUGCUGUUUUAAAUUUGAUGAGAUAAGUAUUCUGAGAUGAGAUGAUGCACUUAGGGUUUCAUUACAUCCUUAAUUACACAUGCAAAUAAAUAUUUGCAUUUGGUUACACUAUUGCACUUACAGAUAAUUUAAAUUGUAUGCAUUAACAAAUACUGUGUUCAAGAUUAUUAGUUUCAAUCGUAAAAUACCUUAAAUUUUAAGGUAUUUAAAAUUAAUAUUGUUAGUCCCAAAAUGUUGUUACAUAAAUUUUUAAAAAGAUGCUUAAAAAAAAAAAAGCAAACAUUCAUUUAAUUUUUAAAAAUUUAUAGACAUCUACCUUUUAUUGUUAUAAUUAUGUGUGUAGGUCCCUUAAUUAAACAUUGUUUUGUGCCUUUAUCCAGUCAGUUUAAUUAGCUGUACUUGCUAUAUUACGCAUUUCCAUGAUGAAUUUGGAAUAAAUUGUAUUUAAAUUUGUAACAUAAUUGUCAUCAGUAGAGCAUACAGCUCAUUGGAAUCCUCUCUAAGGGGCCUGUAAAAUUUUUAACCCUCAUAGUUGAGUUAAUGUGAAUUCUAUGUUGUUUGACAUCGAGUGUUCUUCUAUAUGCCAGCUGGGAAUAGAAAAUUUUUACAAAUCCUAAAUAUCAAAACCCAUCUGAAACUUCAUUCAAAUUGCUUUUUCCUUUUAAGAAGUUAGCAUUUUUUUUUUCACAUGAAUUUCAAUACUUUAGGAGAGAAUUAUUUAUUGCUUUGUAAAUUGUGUUAUUUUAGCAAUGUUUGGAAACAUACAAAUCAUCGAAAAUAAACAAUCAAAAUCUUUUCAAAGCAAAAAUAAAUUUUUCAGUCUUUGAACAUGCUUACUUAGAAAAUGCCAUUCUGCCUUCUUGUCAACACAGAAAUCGAAAUCAAAAUCCUGGACUACAUAAUUCUGGACCAUGAGCGGAUAAUGAGGACAAUGCAAAGUAGUAGAAAUUAAUAUAUUUGUAAACUUCUUUAUUCUGCUGGGUAUUUAUACGAUUAUGUAGUCUUUCUUAGUUGUAAAAUAGUUUUUAUUCUAAGCUCAAAAUGUUUAGAUUGGUAAGAGUUUAUAAGAAGUAUUUUGGAUUAUAAAUGUGUUUUGUUAUAUAUUGAAAGAUGUAGAAUAUGACUUUUCUUUCAUGCUUUUAGUACCCAAAGUUUCAACUUUGCACAAUCUUCCAUCAAAAACAAAAGUAUUGUGUUCAUUUAUCAAAUGUAGUUUUUUCUCUCUAUUUAAUAUUGUACAAAAGGGCUUCCGUCUAUUUUCUUGAAUAUUUUUUAGCAAUGCUCACUUUUUUACUAUUAACUUAUUACUCUUAUUUGUAACAACAUAAAUAUUAUUUAAUUUUGUGGCUAAACAAAUAUGGGAUCUUCAAGUUAAUCUUAAAUAUAACUAUACUUCAAGAAUUUUCUUAUGCAAAAUAUUGUUUCGUAAAAUGUGGAUUAAUUUUUUGGUGGGAAUAAGCAAAAUUCAUAAAGCAGUGUUUUCUUUAAUGAUAUUUAUUUUGACACAGUAAUCAGAAUUUCCUGAUAUCAUGUUAAACAAUGCAUCAUUUAAAGUGACAUUCUUUGCAUUCUGUAUAAUAAAUAUUUCAUAACUAUAUUUAAUAAUAAUUGUAAUCAAAAUUCCAUUAAUUCUGAAAUAAUCUGCUAACUUUGUAUGUAGAAAAAAUUCUAGUGUGAUUCAAAAAGUAUUCAAUAAUUUUUAAUAUAUAGAAAUACCUAUAACGAACAUGGAUUGUUUUAUAAAUUAAGAAAAUUUUGGAAUCUUAUGACAAUUUUAAAGUAUUUUAUUGUCCUCAAAAUCUUGUGUAAUCAAUUUCAAUGCAUAUUUUUAAAGAAACUCUUUAUUUUUUAUAAAAGUGGUAUGUUAUUUUAAGAAUAUGUGCAUUAGAAUUUUUAUGCAUUAUAACUUAUGCAAGCAUUUCAUCAUUCAUGAUUGAUUGAUCAUUCAUCAUAAAUGAUGAUUGAUAUAAUAUGCAAAAUGUUUGCAUAUUACAUCACUCAUCAUUUAGUCAUUUUAGAAGACUGAAAUGUUUGUGAAAAUAUUUUUUUCUAUAAUUCUAUUGAAAUGUGUGUUUGUGGUAAAUAUUUAUUUUACUGUAAUACUUUUUGU